AUGUCGAAGAGCCGUGCGCCCAUGUAUCUCGGCCUGGCUGCCGCCGGCGGCCUGGGUUACUACAUGUACCGUGCCGGUGGUGAUCCGCAGAUUGCCAAGAAGAAAAUGGAGAUCGAUGCCCACCGGGCCAGUGCUAAGAUCCCCCGUGGCUCGCAGGCCGAGCGUGUCGGCGAAAGUUUCGGCAAGGAGGCGUCGCAGCUUGAUGAAGCGACCAGCAACGCCCGCACCAAGGGCAAGGCCGAUGAGCGCAUCCCUGAGAUCGCGCAGGAGGGCCUCUAUAAGAUCGAUCAGCUGCGUCAUGAGGCGGCGACCAAGGUCCGUGCUGGGGUAGAUGAGGUCGAUAAGAAGGUCGAUCAAUUUGAUCGCACGGUUGAGAAGAAGGCGGCGGAGGCCAAGGGGACGCUGUCUGGAUGGUUUGGUUCGAAGUAA